AACAAAAGUAAAUUGUGCAAGCUCCGCCGGUUUAAGAUAACACGACCCUACCGGCGACAUGAACUCGUAUCACGUCCUGGAGCUGGCUGGCGAAGGCUCCUUCGGCCGAGUGUACAAGGGAAGGAAACGAUUUACUGGCCAAGUGGUGGCUCUGAAAUUCAUGCCUAAAGUGGGUCGUUCAGAAAAGGAGCUGCGGAGUCUGAAGAGGGAGAUUGAGAUCAUGAGAGACCUUCAACAUCCAAAUAUUGUCCAACUGUACGACAGCUUUGAAACGGAAACUGCGGUUGUGGUUGUAACUGAGUAUGCAGAGGGACAGUUAUUUCAGAUUCUUGAGGAUGAUGGGCAGUUACCAGAAAGCCAGGUGCGUGAGAUUGCCUGCCAGCUGGUCUCAGCUCUGUAUUAUUUACACUCCCAUCGCAUUCUUCAUCGAGACAUGAAACCACAGAACAUACUCUUGGGGAAAAGUGGGGUGGUGAAACUGUGUGACUUUGGGUUUGCUCGAGCCAUGAGUGUCUCCACCUUGGUGCUGACUUCUAUAAAGGGAACACCUCUGUACAUGUCUCCUGAGCUGGUGGAGGAGAAGCCAUAUGACCACACUGCUGAUCUCUGGUCGCUGGGCUGCAUCCUGUACGAGCUCCACACGGGGGCGCCUCCGUUCUACACUAACUCCAUCUUCCAGCUGGUACAGCUUAUAGUGAGGGACCCCGUCAAAUGGCCAGAGAGUAUGAGCCCCACCUGCACGAGUUUCUUGAAAGGAUUGUUGACCAAAGACCCUCAGAAGCGUUUGUCAUGGCCAGACCUCCUGCACCAUCCAUUUGUAGCUGAUGGUGUUUCAGUGCUGUCAGACCCGACUGUUUUCAGCCCUCUGACGGUCUCACCCAGCCCAGACAUGCUGGCGCUAAAACUUCAACAAGUUGCAGAAAAGACGGUACCCAAUUUUGGAGAAAAGAUGUUGUUGCGAAAGGUCCGGGAGCAGAUGGAAUAUGGUAUUAAGGGCAGGGAAGCAGGCAGUGACGCUGCAAAAAGAAAGACUGAUGGAGUGGAAGCUGAAACGGACAACUCUGCAAUGGCAGCAGCAUCCCCAAGAACUAAACCUUCCAUCCCUGAUAUCACUGUUACCCCAAGUCCCGUUUUAAAGACACCCCACAAUCAAAGUCUAAACCCGAAGAAUCAAGCCAGCAUGAGAUCAAAACCCAGGGGUCAGAUCAGCAUGGACUACGAGCAGGAGUUCCCAUCUGUAGAAGUCGGGCCUCGGCGGGUACUGAGAUGCAGCGAGGAUGUUGACAAUGAGGACUACUGGAAGAAACUGACUCAAGAGUCAGAUCCAAACAGCCAGCAGCAUCAUUUAUUAAACUACAGUGACAUUGUACCUCGACUGAAAUCCAAGUUAUUGGCUUUUAAAGCUCAGUUAUCAGGUCGUGUUGUUAAAGAGCAGAUUCACCAACCGCUGAAGGUCUUGCGUAACCUGAUUUUGGCCUCUGACCCUGAGAAGUCGCACCACGUCUGCUGUGAACUCGGACUACCUCACGUCCUCUUUGACCUGAUCCGUGACGCGGUAGAAAACGCAAAUUUCAACAAGCGACCGUGUAGUGUACCUGCACUCGGAGAAAUGAUUGCUGUGCUCGUGGUGUACUGGGAGAAGCACUGUGGCUGGUUGGAGGCAGAGCAUAGACUUGAAGAGUUCACCAAGCCCUUCAUCACAAUCCUCACUCAACAAAACCUGAAUGGUUUGGAACCUCUGGCUGCCUCUGCUUUGUCUCUUUUCAUUCAACAUGAUGUCGAUGUCCAUGUCGAUAUGAACAAUCUCACGCCCUUGCUGGAAAACCUGCUUCUGAACUCGUGUGAGCCCUCCAUUCCUCUUCCCUCUGGCUGGGGACUGAGUGAUGGCCUCCUGUCUUUACUCCUGCACACACUUACUGAGCAUGGACACGUCCCUGGAUCCUCAGAUUUAGAUCAAGUACUGUUUCUGGAUCUGUGGAAGAGAAUUGGUACUUCUUUAACAGGGUCAACACCGGACACAGACUUUUGUUCAGCACAUGGGCUGUAUUUCUUUCUCUCUGUGGCCCUCUACGUCUUCACCAAAGAUCCCCUCUCAUGCGUUCCUCUGUUUUCUGACUGCCAAUCAAAAUGUGUUUACACUCUCGGCCAGCUGCUGGGCACUAACUGUCCUCAUUUGUUUGCUAGAGGCAGUCCUGGGAGACGUGAGGAGGAUCUGAGUCACGACAGCCUGCCUGUCUUGAGCUGCCACUUGUUGUGUUUUCCAUUCGCCCUGGACCUGCCUCCACACACCAUGUCCACCAUCAUCCAGCUGUACGACAGUUGUGGUAUCGUUGUAAGCCUCCUGCAGGUAAUUCAAACUCUUCCCGCUCCGCUAUUAGAGCUGCCUCUCUCCCUGCUGAGCCGUUUGCUCCUGUGUGACCCCGAGUGCUCUGUCUCCCGCCUCGAAAAACACGCCUUUGGUUUUUUUGUGUCGCCCCGAAAUACUGCGACCAAAAGUCAGGCUCCGCUCACCAGAACUGCGAGCUCUCUGCUCGCCGACCUGCUGCAGGAGGAAGAGCUGUGGGAAGCUGCGGUGGAGCUCCUGAACCUGUUGUCCCAAGUGGCCCGUUGUUCUCCUCCGCCUUCCCCCUUCCAGCUCCACCUGGAGGCCUCAGCGCUGCACGGGGCGCUGGCUCACUCUUUUGACCAGAUCAGGGCUGCGACAUGCAGACUUUUGGGACAUUUGGAUCCAUUCAGGUCCAGUACACUGCACACUCUGACUCCUGACGUGUUUGGAAGCGUGAUAGAUUUUCUUCAUGAUUCCUGCGUGCCUGUUCGGCGGGCGGCCUGCAGGGCGGUUGGAAAUUGGUUGGGACACAUUGCAGCAGGGUUUAAAGUGGGGGACACAGCAGAGUGGGUUAAAGAGGAGGGACGAAAUAAACGCCCAUGUACACACUCAAAGGCCACAGGAGAUUUGACCACCAUAGAAGAAGAGGGAUUGAACAAGGAGGAGGUGAGCAGAUGGACAGAGGAAGCCAGGAGGACAACGGCCAUCUUGGCCUCUCUGAUCACUGACCCUGACGCCCUCAUACGUCGUCACUGCUGUAACGCCCUGGGGAACCUGGGGAAUGUCGAAGGUGCUGUAGGUCUGUUGCUGGAUGAGGACGUUGCCAACUUACUCCUGAAGGUUGCAUGCACGGAUUCCCACAAUGCAGUGAGGCAAGCUGCCAUAGCAACCCUGCAAAUGUACAGCCAGCAGGACGCAAUACGGCAGGUCCUGAUGCCUCUGCAUGCCAGUGAUAAACUUCUUGAGGCUUAACAACAUGCUCCCCCACACUGUGACUAUCAGCAGCUCAUUGCACAGCUGUGAGAGAGUCCUGUUCACUGAGCGAGAGCCGAUUUUGAUGUCACCUGGAUAUAAUUGUUCUCUUUUAUUGGCACAACUACUUCCUCCUUGUAGACACUGUGGUGGAGAAUUAAAGAGAGUAAACAUUU